ACGAGACCCUGGGGGUUUCGUGAUAAAGAUUGCUCUCGAGAAUGGGAAAGAAGCUUCGGGGAUGCUCGACCUCGGAGCGAGAAUCAAUCUUAUGCCGUUUUCUAUCUUCCAGCGGCUAGGUCUAGGAGAUUUGAGACCAACCCGUAUGUGCCUUCAGCUUGCUGACCGUUCCAUUCGAUACCCCAAGGGGGUGGAGGAAGAUGUUCUUGUUCGCGUGGGAAAGCUUAUUGUUCCGGUGGACUUUCUGGUACUAGAUGUGGGGGACGUACAUGAGAACGGGAAAGACCACACCAUCCUUCUUGGCAGACCAUUCAUGGCCACCACCAACACACUCAUUGACGUGAAGAAUGGGACAUUGAACAUGACAGUCCUAGGAGAGUCCGUGUCCAUUUCUGUCCGAGAAGCUACCUCAGCAUCCUCGGUGAACUUUGUGGAGGAGUGUGCCUUUGUUGAUGUGAGUGACUC